CAGGCAAUAAAUAAUGCUGAUGGGAGAACCAUUUUCCUAAUUUCCAAAUUAUUAAGCUGGUCGUCAUAAUGGAUGAUCAGCAAGCUUUGAAUUCAAUCAUGCAAGAUUUGGCUGUCCUUCAUAAGGCUAGUCGGCCAGCAUUAUCUUUACAGGAAACCAGAAAAACAAAACCUUCAUCACCAAAAAAACAGAAUGAUGUCCGAGUCAAAUUUGAACACAGAGGAGAAAAAAGAAUUCUGCAGGUUACCAGACCAGUUAAACUAGAAGAUCUGAGGUCUAAGUCUAAAGUUGCCUUUGGGCAGUCUAUGGAUCUACACUAUACCAACAAUGAGCUCGUAAUUCCGUUAACUACCCAAGAUGACUUAGACAAAGCCGUGGAGCUGCUGGAUCGGAGUAUUCACAUGAAGAGCCUCAAGAUAUUACUUGUAAUGAAUGGAAGUACACAGGCUACUAAUUUAGAACCAUCACCAUCAUCAGAAGAUUUGAAUAAUACACAACUUGGUGCAGAGAGGAAAAAGCGGCUAUCUGUAGUAGGUACCACUAAUAGAGAUAGAAGUUCCCCUCCCCCAGGAUACAUUCCAGAUGAACUACAUGAGAUCGCCCGGAAUGGGUCAUUCACUAGCAUCAACAGUGAAGGAGAGUUCAUUCCAGAGAGCAUGGACCAAAUGCUGGAUCCAUUGUCUUUAAGCAGCCCUGAAAAUUCUGGCUCAGGAAGCUGUCCAUCACUCGAUAGUCCUUUGGAUGGAGAAAACUAUCCAAAGUCACGGAUGCCUAGAGCACAGAGUUACCCGGAUAAUCAUCAGGAGUUUUCAGACUAUGAUAACCCUAUAUUUGAGAAGUUUGGAAAAGGAGGAACAUAUCCAAGAAGGUAUCAUGUUUCAUAUCAUCAUCAAGAGUAUAAUGAUGGUCGUAAGACUUUUCCAAGAGCUAGAAGGACCCAGGGCACCAGCUUCCGGUCUCCUGUGAGUUUCAGCCCUACUGAUCACUCCUUAAGCACUAGUAGUGGAAGCAGCAUCUUCACCCCAGAGUGUGACGACGGUCGAGUAAGAAGAAGGGGAAGUGACAUAGACAAUCCUACUCUGACUGUCACAGACAUCAGCCCACCCAGCCGUU